UCUACAGAAGUGUCAAUCACACCAUGGAAGACCCAAAAUCAAAACGUGUUGAGAGCAGAGAACCACACAUGACAACAACAACAACGCCACCUCCACAUGGAGCAAGCCCACCCCAAAAACCCACUUGUCUUCCUCGCCAAAACCAGACCCAGAAGCAGACCGACGUCAAGAAGCGAAAGCUUUCCAACACCAACAUGGAGAAAGACUCCCCCUACUUCAAAAUCCGCGCUCUCCUUCAACAACUCCGUCCUCAUUUUAUUGAGGUUCUUCAAACACCUGAUUUUCGGAACUGUAAAGCAGCUGAUGAGAUUCAAAAACAGGUGAAGCUUCUCAUAGCUCUAAACAAACAAAUGACCAUGGAUACUGGAACACAGAAGAAGUUUGCAUCAGAACAUCAACAGCAUUCGUCCCAUACCAGGCUGCCUGCAAAAGAAAACAAAGAUGGAUUAGCAACACAGCAGGUUCAACCUAGAUGCUCUGUUGAAAAACAACUGCCUAGUGCAAAAUGGACUCAUUACAUCCCAGAUAAGAAAUCAUUUGUCAGCAGCCAGCUACCGGGAAGCUACAUUGUGGGUGGUUCGGUUUUUGGUUGGAACUUCAUCACAUUUUCCGGCAGUAAACCAGUCUAUUAUGGUGUAACAAAGGAGGCAUAUCGAAGCAGCCACAUUAGAUCAGGAGAUGCUUCUAUGCUUUCAACAGAUGGUUCUUCUGGACAAGGGAGACCAUCUAUGUAGCAAGGUAGAAUAACCCAACAGUUUGCCAGUGCAAAUGAAAUCUGACAGUAAAAACCAUGUAUAGCUUUUUGUCACAAGGAUCCAAUCUGCUGAGAUAAGUCUGACUGUAAUUUCGUUUCAUCUCAAAUAGCAUUGGUUGUCUUACAGAGUUUUCGGGACAAAGCUAGUGCAGUUUUGACACUCCUAGCUUGGCUCGCUGCCUUUUUCUCUUUUAGCUUGCAGCAAUUUUAUGCCAUAUAUACAUUUUACUUG